UGAAACCAACAAAGCAAAGUCCAAAUUUAAUCCAAAUAAAAAAUUAAGAAACCAACAAAAUAUGAAAAUAUCCUUGGUACCUAUUCAAAAUAUGAAAAUAUCCUUGGUUGAAUACCGUUUUUCUCCCCUAUCGGCUAAAUUUGCAUAAAUAAAUUAAACACAUCGAUCUGUGAGCAGAAAGUGUUGGAUAUUUAGCAUGGAUGAUGCAGAAGAUGAAAAAGUGAGUCAUGAUGUUGAAAGUCCAUUAAUAUUUUCAUCCCCUGAAAAUAGUUCAAGUAAAAAUGUUGUUAUUGACGGUGUACAUAGUAAAGGAGGAAGUUUGUUGUGUAAAAAAGAGAUAUGGAAGGAAGUGAAGAAGCAGAUGGAGUUAGCAGGGCCUUUAAUGGCUGUCAACUUCUUGUUGUUUUCACUACAAAUUGUAUCGGUUAUGUUUGUUGGUCAUCUGGGCGAGCUCCCUCUUUCUGGUGCUUCCGUUGCUACCUCUUUCGCCUCCGUCACCGGUUUUAGCUUACUGAAAGGAAUGGGAUAUGCAUUAGACACAUUCUGUGGGCAAUCAUAUGGAGCAAAGCAAUACCAAAUGCUAGGCAUACACAAGCAAAGAGCAAUGCUAGUUCUCCUCUGCAUCAGCAUCCCUAUUGCAUUUAUCUGGAAAAAUACUGGCCAAGUUCUUGCAUUUUUAGGCCAAGAUCCAGAAAUUGCAGCCGAAGCAGGAAUCUACGCCUACUACAUGAUUCCGAGUAUCUUUGCAUAUGGGCUCCUUCAGUGUCACAUUGGAUUUCUACAAGCUCAAAACAAUGUUGUUCCUAUGAUGCUUACUACUGGAUUUACAACUCUGCUACAUAUAGUAAUUUGUUGGUUUAUGGUAUUUAAGUCUGGAUUAGGCAACAAAGGAGCUGCAUUGUCGAACGCGAUUUCGUAUUGGAUUAAUGUCUUGUUGUUGGGUGUUUAUGUGAGGGUGUCUCCUAAAUGUAAAGAGACUUGGAAUGGUUUUUCAAUGAAGGCUCUUCAUGGUAUUCCCGAGUUUCUUAGACUUGCCGUUCCUUCUGCUGCUAUGUUGUGCUUGGAAAUAUGGACAUUUGAGAUGAUGGUUCUACUAGCUGGUUUUCUACCAAAUCCAAAGCUGGAAACGUCUGUCCUCUCAAUCAGCCUCAACACAUGUUCAGCAAUAUUCAUGCUACCACUUGGAAUAAGUGGAGCAGUAAGCACAAGAGUUUCCAAUGAAUUGGGGGCCGGACGACCACAUUUAGCUCGAAUGGCGGUAUGUGUUUCGACGUUGAUAGUGGGGAUAGAAGGGAUUUUAGCAGCAUGUUUGUUGAUUUUUGGGCGCAAUCUCUGGGGAUAUUGUUAUAGCACAGAAGAAAAGGUUGUGAAAUAUGUUGGACAAAUGAUGCUUCUUCUUGCAAUUUCACAUUUUGUUGACGGUAUUCAAUGUGUGCUUUCAGGCACGGCUAGAGGAUGUGGUUGGCAAAAAAUCGGUGCUUACAUAAACUUAGGAGCUUAUUACUUAGUAGGCAUUCCAAGUGCCUUAUUGCUAGCAUUUGUGUAUGACUUUGGAGGCAAGGGAUUAUGGACAGGAAUUAUAAUGGCCUUAUUUGUCCAAGCAUUUUUUCUCCUACUCAUAACAUUGAAUACCGAUUGGGAUAAAGAGGAAAAGAAGGCCAAAGAUAGGAUGUAUUAUUUAAUAGUGCACUAAGGGCAUUGCUUCGAACUGGUGUUUACUUCUUUGUGGGAAUGAAAUGAUAAUCUAUAAAUCUCAUGUAAGUGCUCGUGAUUAUGUAUUCAUAUUAAUAAUAGGGAUUCACCCAUCUUACCGAUCUCAAAUUAAUUAUUUAUAUUUUAUAUUGCAUCA